AUGAAUACUGGCGGUAUUCAUCGGUUGAAUUCACCACUAAAGAACUAUGAUAACUUCAAUUGUGCCUAUCGUAAGUCCAAGGAAAUCGUCUUCGAAGCGGUGAACUUGGAUGAAAAGUCGAACAGAACCGAUGAAAGCAAAAAACGUGAGGUGAUGGAUUUGUAUAGGAAAGGAAUAAAACAAUUCGAAACGGCUUUGAAAUACGCGAAAAUGGCGGUUCCAUUGGAGAAGAGUGACGAGGUAGAGAAGCACCGCGUGGCCAUCGAAAAAAAUUUGCGAUCCACGCAAGGAAGGCUCAAUGAUUUAGGUAAUUUUUGCAAAGAUUUUUGA